AUGAUGCGCCAACGGCGAUAUUUGUUACGGUCUGAUCUGUACAUCAUUGCUGCAGAUUGGCGUCGCUGGGACUGUGGGAGGCUGCCUCGAUCCUGUCGAAAUUCGUGGACGAAUCAUCGCACGGCUUCGUGCAUCGCUGAUGGGAGUGAGGACCUCCCGACCCGACCUGUUGCUUUUCGUCGUGACGUCAACGUUA